AAUUAUGCUAUAAUACUUUACACAUGUGACGAAAUGUUUGCCUUUCUUCAACAGCAGUACGUUGUCAACAAAGAAGCUGAGGUGUGGCUUCCUGCUAGCGCGGUCUCAGAUCGUCAGAUCGUUAUCGCAGCAACUAAUACUCCAGCUCGGCGUCAUAGCGAACAAUUUCCAGCACUUACUUCUCUGAGCUAUAUCACAAACCCAAGCCCUGCCACCACCCUCAGAUUCCACACACCAUCGCUAUGGAUUCCGUACGCGCUGCUCUGCAGCCCAUCACACACAACCUCCCCGCGCCGAUCCGUGAACUCGGAGUCUCUAUCCUCGGCAGACAAUGCUACGACACGCUUCUCCUUGAAAUCGACCCAACCGCGACCGAAUGCAUCAAGCUCGCCAUCUCCAAAGGCCUCGGAAUCGGCAUCAUUGGCGCCAGCUCCGUCGUCAAGGUUCCCCAGAUCCUCAAGCUCGUCAACUCGAAAUCCGCGUCGGGUAUCUCCUUCCUCAGCUACCUCCUGGAGACGUCGGCAUACCUGAUCGGCUUGGCGUACAAUGUUCGCUCGGGCUUCCCGUUCAGCACGUUUGGCGAGACGGCACUCAUCGUGGUGCAGAAUAUUGUGAUCUCGGUGCUGGUGCUGAAGUACAGCGGUCGCGCCACGCAGGCGGCGAUCUUUGUCGCGGCGCUCGCAAUGGGCCUGACGACGAUGUUCAACGCUGAUCUGGUGAACAUGAAGACACUGAGCUACUUCCAAGCUGGCGCUGGAGUCCUGGGAGUCGCAAGCAAGCUGCCGCAGAUCGCAACAAUCUAUCAGCAGGGAGGAACUGGACAGUUGAGCGCGUUUGCUGUCUUCAACUUUUUGGCUGGCUCGCUGUCACGCAUCUUUACAACCCUACAAGAGGUGGAUGACAACCUGAUCCUAUACGGAUACAUUGCUGGAUUUGCCCUCAAUGCUGUGCUGGCCGCUCAGAUGGUAUACUACUGGAAUGCACCAUCCAAGAAGGCUGCGGAGAAGCAGAAGGAGAAGCCAGCUGUUGGCCAAUCUACCGCCACUCCAACGAAGGGUAAGGGCAAGAGCCCAACUACUCGUCGCCGCGGAUAGGCUCUGACGCUUGAUAUUUCUCGUUUCCGUAGCUUGACUCCUGAUACGCAGUUGAUGUCGCUAUUUAAUAUUUUAAUACUAUAAUAUCGACUUUGAAAGAAG